AUGCGCUUCACUUCUGUUUGGCCAGUUCUGGUCGUGUGUCUCUUUUUGCACCUGAAUCUUAGCCGUGAUCUGGCACAGGCGGCCAACAUCCUGGGCAUAUUUCCAUUUCACUGCCCCUCGCCCUUUCUGGUAGUUCGGCCGUUAAUUCAGGCGCUUCUAAAUCGAGGACAUAAUGUGACCCUCAUCACACCAGAGGGCAUGCUAACCGACCUCAAGGGAGCCCGGCAUAUACGAAUUCCCAAGCUUAACGAACACAUGCAGGAAAUAAUUGAAUCGGACCGAAUUUUGGACUUCUUGAUAAACAAAUGGACGGAGGGCACUCUGGCUGCCACAAUGUAUUUCCACAUGUCCCAAGAUAUCCUGAGUGACGAUGCCGUUCAAAGGAUGCUGCAGGACCAAAGCGAAAAGUUUGAUCUUAUUAUGAUUGAGGCGAGCAACCUGGAUGCGCUUUACGGACUUGUGGAACACUACAACGCCACUCUUGUGGGCCUAAAUAGCUUAGGAGUAAACUGGUUCACCGAAGAAUUGGCUGGGAAUCCGGCGCCGAGCAUAUACGAACCCAUCUCACAUUUGGGCUACUCCAGGGACCACUCCUUAACGAGCAGGUUUUACAACUGGAUCCAUAUCAUAGAGGAGAAGUUGCUGGAGAACUUGAUCGUAUUGCCAGCUCAGCUGCGCCUCUUUAAAAAGUUCUUUGGCUAUUCGGAUCAAAAAUUCUAUGACCUGCGGAACAGAUUCUCUGUGAUCUUAGUGAACAACCACUUUAGUAUGGGCAAAGUGCGUUCCAAUGUGCCCAAUCUUAUCGAAGUGGGAGGUCUGCAUCUCAGCGAGCCCCCGGAACCAAGUGAUGAGAAUCUGCAGAGAUUUAUGGACGAGGCGGAACACGGAGUAAUCUAUUUUUCAAUGGGCCUGGACAUCAUGGUAAAGUUUCUUCCGGAAAACAUUCAGCAAACUCUUAUAAAGUCCUUUGCAAAGUUGAAGCAGCGAAUUGUUUGGAAGACUGAGUACCUAAAUAUGUCUAAUAAAUCGGACCACAUAUAUGUGAUUGAAAAAGCACCCCAACGGCACGUUUUGGCGCAUCCCAAUGUCCGCCUUUUCAUUACAAACGGAGGACUGCUAAGUGUGAUGGAGGCGGUUUCCAGUGGAGUUCCGAUGCUGGGACUGCCGAUCUUCUUUGACCAGUUUGGAAAUUUACGAUGGGCGCAAGCAGCGGGCAUAGCCAAGGUUUUGGACAUCAACACCCUGAACGCAGAUACACUGACUUCAAAUAUUCGGCUAGUUAUUGAAAACUCUAAAUACGCGCUGAGGGCCAAGGACAUGUCGAACACUUUUCGGGAUCGACCUUUGAGUCCUUUGGAUACGGCGGUUUGGUGGACGGAGUAUGCAUUGCGAAACCGGGAUAUAACCCACAUUCGACUCAAUGCUGAGGAAAUUCCAAUUUUGCAGUACUAUAGAAUUGACAGCAUCCUCACUUUUGGUUUUCGUUUGGGAGUGAUCGCUGGAUCGGUGCUUUUUCUGGGAUGGAGUUUGAUCAAGAGAAAUCCUGUCAGUCGAUUUAAGCAAUCUUUUCUAGACCAAUUAUUGCAGACCGAGCUCCGACAUGAACGGACUGAAAUCGUGACAAUGCGCCUCGGAUUUCAUUGGAUAGCCCUUAGCUUGGUCCUGCUGCUGCAACAGGAUCUUCACCAGGAUACUGCACAGGCUGCCCACAUCCUAGGCAUAUUUUCUUACCAUUUAAGCUCGCACUUUUUGGUGCUGCAGCCGUUGGUUAAGGCCCUAGUCAAACGGGGACACAAUGUGACGUUAAUUACACCAGAAUUAAUGCCACCCGACAUCGAUGGAGUUCGACAUAUACGCAUUGCUAAGCUAAACAAACGCGUACAGGAAAUGGUCGAAUCCGACCAACUUUUGGACUACUUUGGUAAUAAGUGGAUGGAGAGUGUACUGGCUGUGACAAUGCUCUUCAACAUGUCCCAAGAUAUCCUGAGAGACGAUGCCGUCCAGAAGAUGCUACAGGACAAGAGGGAGCAUUUUGACCUGGUCAUGAUGGAACCGUCCGGUUUGGAAGCACUUUACGGCCUGGUGGAGUACUAUAAUGCCAGCCUGAUGGGAUUGUCCGGUGGAAUUGUCAGCUGGAACACUGAGGAAUUGGCGGGAAAUCCGGCACCAAACAUCUACGAACCGAUCUCACACGUAGGUUACUCUAGAGACCACACGUUGGUAAGUCGGCUUUACAACUGGAUCCAUAUCACUGAGGAGAUGUUGCUGGAACGUUUGAUAAUAAGGCCAGCUCAACUCAGUAUCUUCAAAAAAUUCUUCGGCUAUUCGGAGCAAAAAUUUUAUGAGCUGCGGCACAGGUACUCGGUUAUCUUAGUGAACAACCACUUCAGUAUGGGCAGGGUGCGAGCUAAUGUACCCAACAUCAUUGAGGUGGGAGGUCUGCAUCUCAGCGAACCCCCGGAACCAUGCGAGGAUGAUUUGCAGAGAUUUAUGGACGAGGCGCUGCACGGAGUCAUCUAUUUCUCCAUGGGACUUGAUAUAAUGGUGCAGUUUUUACCGGAAAAUAUGCAGCAACCGCUGAUGCAGUCAUUUGCCAAACUUAAGCAGCGGGUGAUUUGGAAAAACGAGUUCUUUAACAUGCCCAACAAAUCGGACAACAUAUAUGUCAUUGAAAAAGCACCACAGCGCCACAUUUUGAAUCAUCCCAAAGUCGUUCUGUUCAUCACAAACGGCGGACUUCUGAGUGUAAUGGAGGCGGUUGACAGCGGAGUUCCGAUGCUGGGACUGCCGCUGUUCUUUGACCAAUAUAUUAAUUUGCAGUAUGUAAGGCAAGCUGGUAUGGCCGAGAUCUUGGACUCGAAUGCAUUGAACACGGAAAUCCUUACCAAUACUAUCGAAGAGAUACUACAAAAUCCUGAAUAUGAUAUGAACGCUAGGAAAAUGUCGCACACCUUCAGGGACCGACCCAUGAGUCCAUUGGAUACGGCUGUCUGGUGGACGGAGUACGUCCUUAGAAAUAAGGAUGCCACACACAUGCGCCUCAAGACGGAAGAGAUUUCCCUGAUGCGAUACUACAGAUUAGAUUGGCUUCUCCCCUUUGGUCUACGCUUUGGAAUCGUUUUUGGAUCAGUAAUAUUUUUGAUCUUCAAGAUGUUUCAAAAAAGUCGAGAAAGGCAAAGACGAAGGCAGGAACGAGAAGUAACAUUUACGCAGAUUAGCUUGGCUGGAUCAAGAUUGCAAAUACAUUAAUUUUACACCAAGUAUUAGUAUGAUUUUAUGUUAACCUUACCCGAUUUCUGUAAACAUGUUAUUUUAUUAAUUUAUCUCAAAAGUAUACUUCGAUUUUCAUUAACGAUCAUAGUAACGUCUAAUUUAUAGUAUAAGUUUAGUCGUCAUAUAAAAAUUAAUUGUAACCAAAUUUAAUAUCUUAUCUGA